AUGCAGGAGCAAUUCAAUUUCCUGGAAAACAGUAACUCUUUGGUGAAAUUAAGCCCUGUAUUAGUGGCUGAGGGUGAAUAAUCACAGAACCACCACUGUGGCAGUGGAACUGCCUGUUCUAAUGGCCAUGUUAAUGUCCUGAAUGAAGCAGUCCAAAUUGUAUUUCAGAAUAUUAUGUCGUGGUCUGGGAGCCAAAUGUUGCCUCUGCAAAACUGGCACAUAUGUGAAAGCUUACAGUAAAGCAGAUUAAUAUUUUUAUUUUGGUCUAAGUAAGACCAAAUGCAAUUGUUUUGUGUGAAAUUAAAAAUGUUGCAAAUGUUACUUCUCUUGCAGCAGCAGCAGCUGGUUACUUCACUUCUCACCUGUUCAAAAAGAGUCUGUAGGUUUAAAAAUGAGAAGUCUCAGAGGGGUUUAUUUUGCCACAGCUCAGUGCUGUACAAAAUGUAAAACAACUUACUGCUUUUCUAAGCAAGAGGAUUCCAAGAGCAAGGAGAAAAAGCUGCUGAUGGAGUUCUUUCAUUUGCUUAUUUGAUGCCAGAUGUUGCCAAAAUCUUUUACCCGGACCAUUUUACGUCUCCCCAAGGGAAUUGAACACUGAAAUAUUCACACUUGUAGCAGGUUCUUUGCUUUGUGAGUUCACUGAGGUGAUUUCAUGCCAGAGGUGUGGAAUAUGGGGUUCAUUGGGUAGAACCGAGAGUGGGGUAGAAAAUAAAAUAAUGGCACCACAGAUCUGGAAAUGCCAAUUUUGUUGUUAUGGAGCUGUGGCAUGUUUUUAUGAAGUUGGUAACUUGGCAGUAACUUGGUUCCCUUGCCAGCAGCAAGAGGAUGCCACGUCAUGUAUGGCACUGAGAGGCAAAAGUUGGUGCUAGAAAGGGAAAUGAAGCUUGGAUCUUGUUCUCGCAUGGUUGGUUCUCGUCCUUCACAGGAUCACAUUGUUUGGGGUUUGAUGUGGCAGCUGCUCCAGGCCGUGGUGUUCUCAUUUUUCAGUACCUAGGUGUACAAAAGAGGUUUCUGUCUUCCAGGUUGAACAUCAGUGGGAUCUCUGCUGGAACAAGAUAAUGUCUUCAACUCAUUGAAGGAAAGGGAAAAUUUGUUCACACUUAUGAUGAUUUGACACAAUUAAUGUCAUAAUAACCAUGAUGGCAACACAGACAUUAAGUAUAGACAACUAUCAAGAUGGACAACAGAUGCAAGUGGUAACAGAGUUAAAAACUGAACAAGAUCCCAACUGCUCUGAAACUGAUGCCGAAGGGGUGAGUCCUGCCCCUGUAGAAUCUCAGACUCCAAUGGAUGCAGACAAGCAGGCCAUUUACAGGCACCCACUAUUUCCUUUGUUAGCACUAUUAUUUGAAAAAUGUGAACAAUCUACACAAGGCUCAGAAGGCACAACUUCUGCCAGUUUUGAUGUAGAUAUUGAAAACUUUGUAAGGAAGCAGGAGAAAGAAGGAAAACCUUUUUUCUGUGAAGAUCCAGAAACUGAUAAUCUGAUGGUGAAAGCAAUCCAAGUUCUGCGUAUCCAUCUGCUGGAGCUAGAAAAGGUCAAUGAACUCUGCAAGGAUUUCUGUAGCCGUUACAUUGCCUGCCUGAAGACAAAAAUGAAUAGUGAAACUCUAUUAAGUGGGGAACCUGGAAGUCCUUAUUCACCUGUGCAAUCUCAGCAAAUUCCAAGUGCCAUUGCAGGCACACUCAGUCCCCAAGGGAUCAUGGUGCCAGCAUCAGCAUUGCAGCAGGGAAAUGUAACUAUGGCAACAGUAGCAGGGGGGACAGUGUAUCAGCCAGUCACUGUGGUCACUCCACAAGGACAAGUGGUGACACAGGCACUGUCACCAGGCACUAUUCGGAUCCAGAACUCUCAGCUCCAGUUGCAAUUAAACCAAGAUCUAGGCAUCUUGCAUCAAGAUGAUGGCUCAUCAAAAAAUAAGAGAGGGGUUCUUCCCAAGCACGCUACAAAUGUGAUGAGAUCUUGGCUUUUUCAGCACAUAGGGCAUCCGUAUCCAACAGAGGAUGAGAAGAAGCAGAUUGCAGCACAAACAAAUCUGACACUACUCCAGGUUAACAACUGGUUUAUCAAUGCUAGAAGGCGAAUUCUUCAGCCAAUGCUGGAUUCCAGUUGUUCUGAAACUCCAAAAACAAAGAAGAAAACAGCCCAGAACCGACCAGUGCAGAGGUUCUGGCCUGACUCCAUUGCCUCAGGAGUUGCUCAGCAGCAAUCGAAUGAGCUCACGAUGUCAGAUGGUGCUGUCGUGACCAUCACAGCUCCAGUGAACAUGAAUGUGGACAGUCUGCAGUCCUUGUCCUCGGAUGGUGCUACCCUGGCCGUGCAGCAGGUGAUGAUGGCAGGGCAGAGCGAGGAUGAGUCUGUGGACAGCGCUGAAGACGACGGGGGAGACCUCUCGACAGCAAACAUCAGUGGGCUGGUCUUGGAUAACAGCGACUCUCUGCAGUAGGAAGCCAGAGAGCGUGGAGAAAAACACUUAGGAAAAAGAAUGGACUGACUGACUGACUUUUUAUAGUUUGCACAGCAAACAUUUUACACAAGUUUUAUUUCUAAUAUGUUUUAUAUGUAGAUAUAGAAGGGUGCACUUUUUUGUAUUUCAUAGUAAGCUUAAAGAGUGUUUUUGCAGGUGCAGCAACUUCUUUCAAAUGUGUUUUGGUUUUGUUUUGUUUUUUUUUUGCGUUUCUGUUCCUUUCCUUAUUUCAGAAAAUUAUAUCUAGUAAUAUAAAGAACCACGUAAGCACCCCUUUGUUCUCUGAAUUGGAAGUGCUGCAGUUUCUGAUGAAUUAUGCAGUUUCAAUUAGUGCUGUUAUUUAACACAGCUUUUGAUGGGCAGGUGAUGUAAAUUUAAAGCAUGUGACACUAGUGUGUGAAACUUGAUAAUUGAGUUAGAUGCAUAUAUUUGAAAGAUGCUUCUGCACCUUAAAAACUGCUAGUCUGAGGUGGACAGCAACACACAUAAAAAAGAAACUGUUGAUGUGUGAUUCAGUAGAGAAUGUAUGGCAAUUUAAAUAAGUUUAGUUUCUCUCAUAGUCCAUAAGCCUGUUUAUCAUUUGCUAUAAAAACUCCUAUUUUUACCUUGCUGGGGUUAUUGGAUAAAAAAAAAUAUUUUUAUAAAUUCACUAGAAAUUGGGAUGACAACUGUAUUAAGCAGGAGGUAAAAAAAAAAAGAAUUUCCAGAGGGGAAAAAUAAAUGUUUAGUAUUCCUAUUUGGAAGGUCUGAAAAUUGACCCAAUUUAAUAAACAAGCCUACAGUAGCAUUCUAUGAUUCUCAGCUAUCCCACAGUGAUAUACUAUAUUUGAUAAUAGGUAAGAAGGGCCCACUGUUUGAUGGGAUUUUGAUAUUGUCAAACAUUGAUUUAUAUUAUGUGUAAACUAAUAUUCAAAUUGCAUAACUCUGUAUCUAGACUUGUAUCUGAAAAUAUUUGCUAAAUGAGUAUUCAGGUAAGUGAAUUCAAAUACCCACAACUUUUCCAAUUAUUAGAAAAAUUUAACAGUUUAUAGUUUGUACAACUGAAUCUAAAAAAAAAAAAUGAAAAGUUGCCUACUAUACAGUCAUGAAUUCUGCUAUUUUAUUGCAUUUAAAAUAUUUUCCCCUAAUACAAAAAGAAAAAUAUAACAUGGAUUUAUAUAAAAUUUCUUCAGAUCUGAAGUUUACUACAAGAAUAUACAGCAGGCUUUGUUAGAGUAGGAAAUCCUUGUGUGUCAUUUAAAAAAAUGAGCUGGUGAUGAAAACAGCUGAGUUUUGGUUUGGUUUUGUUUUGGGAUU